AUGUCAAAAGAAAUACAGGCCAGGCAGGAAAUUCACUUGUCGUUGCGUCUAACAAAUUUUUGCACCCGAAAAAUUGGCCUGUCAUUUAUAGACGAGGAGCCGAAAAGUUUUGUGAAAAGAUUUCGGUCGAAUCUUUUGUUCGUUAUUUCGGCGCUGAGUAUAGGUCUGCUAGUGGUGGGGGAGAUACUGGAAGUUAUCUACAAGCUGAAUUCCUCAUCUUCGGUGGAAGUAUUUGUGUCUAAGCUCCAUAUUGUCGGCUAUGGCAUAAUGAGUAGUGGCAAAUUCCUGACGCUGUGGCACAAGCAGGCGACCUUCCGGAACCUGCUGACCGAGCUGGCCGAGCUGUGGCCGAUCGAGGAGGAAGACGAGGACGCUGUCAGAAUUAAACGACAGAAACUCGCCAGAUUACGAGUUGUACAGUUCUGCUAUGCUCUGUGGAAUAUCAUGGGUGUUAUCCACUAUAACUCAACGCCCGUGGCUUUGUACUACUACAAUCAGUACCGCGGUGAGCCAGCGCCUUUGGGCUUCAUCUGGGAGGUGUGGUAUCCGUUUGACAAGACCAAGCCAGUUUGCAAGGUGUUUGCUUUGACUUUUGAAGUUUUUGCAGGUGUAGUAGGGGUAUGGUCUAUGCUUGGCUCAGAUAUAAUCUUCAUGACGAUGUCAAGUCACAUAAGUAUGCUACUGGAACUAUUGCAACUGAAAAUUCGUCGUUUGGGACUACCAAAUACAGAUCCAUCGUCACAAAAUACACAAAUUGAUUGUUACAACGAAAUCAAGAACAUUAUAAAGAUUCAUCAAAGACUUAUUUCCUACGGGAACGCUCUAGAGGACACGUUUUCCGUCGUCAAUCUGAUUAACGUCCUAUUGAGUUCAAUCAAUAUCUGCUGCGUCGCCUUCAAUAUUCUGCUGGAGCCGCUGGUGGAAAUGAGCAAUAAACUGUUCCUGGGCGCCGCGCUCACUCAAGUCGGCAUUCUCUGCUGGUACGCCGACGAAAUUACCACCGCCAGCACCGGAAUAGGCCACGCUGCGUACCAGUGCGGGUGGUUUCACAUCACCGUAAAGUGUCGCAGAGCUCUUCUUGUGCUGCUACAGAGAUCGCAAAAGCCUCUACAUUUCACCGCCUACAAAUUUUCAGCAAUCACGAUGUCCACUUACAGCUCGAUAAUCGCUAACUCGUACUCGUAUUUCACCCUCCUGUACACGAUGUACCGAAGCAAUUAGUAAUGUGAUUUAUUUUCGCUUCGAAGUUUUGCUUCGAGGAUUCCUGCAAAUAAGUGCACUUCAGGUUUGGCUAAUGGCUGACAAGUGAC